CAUGAAUGGUAAUCCACAAGUGACUUUAGUGUUUACAAAUUGCCAUGGUUACGUGAAAACAGAGAUUGAACAAAGUGCUAUUCGCGACAAUAACUUUAUUUCACUACGUUCAAAACAAAGUACGAGACAGUUCGUCGAAAAUACGGAGUAAGCAAGUAAUGAUGCCUGGUAAAUUCAGUUUAAAGGGAAGACUUUCUGCAAGAUGGCAUAAUUCCUUCUUGAAAGCUGUCGAUUUUGAUCGCUGGGACCACAUCCCGGAGGCAAUAAUACAGUAUCAAAGUACUGCUGCAACGAUUGAAAAUGAUUUACUACAAGUCAAAGAAGCCUUUGCAACCGAUCAGUUGUACAACAUCAAAAAAGCAUGUGCAUGUUUCAGAGUGCGUGCAAAAACAUUGCAGGAUAUGAACCGGGGUGAGCCGUUAACUCUUGCAGAAAUUCAAAAACUCAUUCCAAUGAUGAAACACUUCUGUUGUUGGAAAGCACCCUUCCCUCUCGUUGUACAUCAAAGUGACUACAGUGAUGAUAGCUCUAGUUCUAGCAGCUACCGAAGUCUGAACGAAAUCAAUCAAAUUGAUGACGAAGAAUUAAUAGCUACUACAAACAUUUCAGGACAACCCCUGCUACCAAUGCUAAGGCCACAGCCUGGCAAGCACCGCGUUUCAGUUAGAAUCAAGAGCGUUGGUUUGAAGCAUCCUGCACGUCUUAUCCAACCAUUUUUCUCCAUCUCUCUCAAAGAUGACGUUGGCUUAAGUAUAACUCCAACGCAAGAGCUUCGGGAUUCUGGAAGGAUAGAGGGCAAAUUAGUUUCAUACGAUCAAGAAGUCCAUAUACAACGAUACCUCGAGGACAUAUAUAAAGGUUGUGCUAUUUGCUUUGAGUUAAAACACUAUAAACAAAAACAAAGAUUUGAGGAUACCAAAUGCUACACAUUUCUAGACGCUAACGUCAUAAAAACAGGGGAAUACGUCUUGAAUUUAUUCAAGAAACCCGUUCAGUAUAACAGGAAGAAAUUGAUCCCACUGUCGACAAAGCCGUUAUAUCUAUAUCUGUAUGUUACGGUUUAUGACAAUUGAAUCUUAUUUUAAGACAUUUUAGAUUUAUGAAAAGUUUUCUUAAAAUUUUGUCAUAUCUAAACCGGUGAUCUUUGUUUAAUCUUAAUCGAGUUUGAUCAAAAGAGAAAUAAAUCAUAAUACAUAAUUCUAAUUUCGACCAAAAUUAAAUAGCCCGAGUUUGCUGUAGUUGCCUUUCCUGUAGAAGCUCAUUUCCAUCACUAGAUGUAAGAACUAUCACAAAACCUUGGGUAGCAAAACUGUAUGUAUUCUAGGCCUGGCAGGUUUUCUAGAAAAAUACAAUUUCAAAUAGCCGUAAUUCAUUUAAACAAAAAUAUAUGUUUUAAGAAAACCGAUCUUUAGUAGUAAGGUUUCAGAACAUCGGAAUAGCCAGAGGUUUUUUUGCUUUUUCAAAUCAUUUCUGGGAUAUUUCUAGGCCCCUAAGAUUUGGGACCGUUAGAAGUUGCUCUACUUCUUUAGGCCACUACACUGAAUGCUGCUUACUGAGUUGAGUUGAGAUAAGAAAUUGUUUUAGAUUCGAAUAGUAGAUAACUUUCUGUGCGUCUAAUCCAAAAUAGAUUUAAGUCAACUGCUGUAACAGCCUUUAAUAUAUAAAAUCAUCGAAUACCGGUUGAAUAAAAGCAUUUGAAGUAAAAUUUAAUUCUAAUAUUUAUUUUGGUCUAGCAUUUCAUAUGUCCUGAGUUAGCUGUGAUCCACCCUGAAUGCUUCUAACAGCUCACGUGAGUAAGACUACGUGAGUAAGACUACGUCAGCAAGACAACGUCAUUAAGACUACGUCAGUAAGAUUAAGUCAGUAAGACUCAGUAAGGACAUUGUUUAAUAAUUUUAGCUUAUUCAUAUUGAUCUAAUCAUUCAUUUUUAAACAAGUUAAAACUUCAGUUUGUGAUUUCGUUUUGUGUAUAUAGAACUAUGCCAUAUUGUAAAUAAGAAAACACAGUUACCUCUUGAGAAAUUUUUUGAUAGCAAAAAGUAUUAUACCAAGCCUGUUGUGUAUAUACUUGUCAGUCUUACAUGAAAUGAAAUCCGCCAGGGCUGUGCAGAGGCAAAAUUAAGCGCAUAAGAUAGUAUUUCACCCCUGAGUCUAAUUAUCUAACUUUCCGCAAGAUCAUAUUUUACUAUCAUUUUCGGUACAAACAUAUUGGUACAAAUGCAUUCUACAGAACAUACAAUAGCUUCAGUUGAGCAAAACUAUGCGAUAAUCUCUAAUGUAUUAUGUAUUUGAUUAGCCAAUCACAUAGAAUAAAUUGCUUACUCCUUAUCAAAUCAUUAUUGCUCAUAACAAUCCACAAUAAGACUAACCACAUAACAAUCCAAAAUAGGAAGUCUAAAUCUUUUAUUGGUCGUAUUUCGCUGAAUUUUCUACUAAUUUAACUGAAUUUGCAUUUUUAUGGUGUUCUUUUAGGUUACGUGCAGGCACCUUGCAGCCAUUGGGCUAGAAGGGGCUAUAGACCCCCACUUUACUCUAACGCAACUUUGGAUAGUUUACUCCUAUGCAGUAGCAGUUCUCGUUGAAUGGGAACCAUUUUUGUUCAUUUUCCAGGUGUUCAUCUUGUUUAAUAAUAUGAUGUAUUUUUCUAACUUGGUUAGCUUGGUAUUUCAUUACCCUCAAGAUAAUUUUAUCUAUUUUUAAAGUUAUUGAUAUCUUCCCUGAACCAUGCUGUUUAUAAGGAUUAAGAAGAAAUAAACAAGUAUUUUUUAAAAGAGG